AUGACGAAGGAAAAGGUCGAGGACCCAGUUCUGGAGUCCAAUCCCAAGGAUGAAAACCCACCAUCCUAUACCCAUAAAGAGAAGACGGACUAUGGAGAGCCUGAUUUGGAAGAUCGUGGGCGUGGCCACAUGAAUGCUGUCUUCGAGAACCCUCUCGCCGGCAUUCCACGCGAGCAGCUCUUCAAACAGGUUGAAGAAUUUUGUCAGCAAUGGGGCCUCAUGUCAGAUCUGGAAACUUUCAAGAAAGGCGCACUUGCCUCACAAGCUCCGGAGUCUGCCACGACACUGCCGGAACUGAAUGAUUCAGAAAGAGAAGCCCUGAAGCGUGAGCAUACGCACAAGUGGAGCCAGCCAUUUCAGCUCUACUUCCUAGCAAUUAUGUGCUCUGCUGCUGCUGCUGUGCAAGGUAUGGAUGAGACGGUCAAUAAUGGAGCCCAAGCUAUCUACUUGAAGCGACUUGGUAUUGAGAAUAGUGACAAUCUUACCGGACUCGUUGUUGGCGCACCUUACUUGGCUUGUGCAGUCCUUGGCUGCUGGCUAACCGAGCCACUCAAUCGAUACUUCGCUCGUCGGGGUACGAUAUUUAUUUCCUGCUUUAUUGCGGCUGUAGCCUCGAUCUGGGAAGGUUUCUGCAAUUCAUGGGUGAAUCUUUUUAUGGCUCGGUUUGUUCUUGGGCUAGGCAUUGGCUCAAAGUCUUCGACCGUCCCUGUCUACGCUGCCGAGUGCUCACCGGCUCCAAUUAGAGGUGCUCUAGUGAUGAUGUGGCAGAUGUGGACGGCAUUUGGUAUUAUGCUUGGAAAUAUCAUGGGUGUGGCCUUUUUGAAUGUUGGAAAUGACCUGAACUGGCGCCUAAUGCUUGGCUCGACGGUGGUCCUUCCAUUAAUAGUUUGCAGUCAAGUCUAUCUCUGCCCUGAGUCCCCAAGGUGGCUGAUCCAGCAUGACAAGAUACCCAAGGCUUAUGAAAACUUCAAGAUCCUACGUCCCACUGAAAUCCAAGCUGCCCGAGAUCUCUAUUACGCCUACAUGGGGGUUCAGCUGGAGCGGAAAAUUAAUCGGGGCAAAAACUUUUUCACUAUGUUCAUGGAGCUUUUCACCGUCCCGAGAAACCGCCGUGCCACUCUGGCAACCUGGAUUGUGAUGUUCAUGCAGCAGUUCUGUGGCGUUAAUGUCAUCGCCUACUACUCGACCACCAUCUUCCAGGACUCCGGGUAUGGAUUGUCGACUGCGCUUCUUGCCUCCAUGGGUACCGGUAUUCUUAAUUGGGUAUUCGCACUUCCGGCCGUUUUUACCAUUGAUACAUGGGGACGUCGCAAUCUCCUUUUGUUUACAUUCCCGUUCUUAGCUAUUUUCCUCCUCUGGUCCGGCUUCUCCUUCUGGAUCGAGGCAGAUGACCCAGAGAGCAAGAAGCGAGUGGCGAUGGUCACUACUGGCAUGUACUUGUUUGAAAUCUUCUAUUCCCCUGGUGAAGGGCCUGUUCCCUUUACUUACUCCGCCGAAGCAUUUCCUCUACAUGUUCGCGAGGUUGGCAUGUCAUGGGCCACGGCCACGACCUGGUGCUUCAACUUUAUUCUUUCCUUUACCUGGCCUCAUCUCCUUACAGCAUUCAAGCCCCAAGGGGCUUUUGGCUGGUAUGCAGCUUGGUGUCUUAUUGGCUGGGUUCUAGUCUUGCUUUUCGUUCCAGAGACCAAGGCUCUCACACUAGAGGAACUGGAUCAAGUGUUUUCUGUUCCGACUAGAAAGCAUGCUUCAUACCAACUGAAAAAUGCUUGGUGGCAUUUCAGGGUCUGGGUUCUUCGUCAGAAGCUGGAACCGCUGCCAAAGUUCUACCAGGGUGCCCAACACCUUGCAGAAGUUGGCAAUACUGCCUCUUAA